AUGAAUCCGGAAGUGAUUCCUCCGCCCAGAACAGUGCCUGUCACAUCACAAGAGCUGAUCACACCUGCGACUGUGAUUGUGGCUCCCAACGAGUCUACCCAGCCUGCCAAUCCGUCGCAGCUUGGCGCAGCGAAGGCCAUACCUCCCAGGCCCCAGUCGUUCAAGCAACAACCAGCCGGAGAUACUGCAGUCAACGCUCCACUUGAAAACACUCUCCCUCCUUCCGCGCAUGACGGAGCGACUGGUCUUAACCCCACCAACGCAUUGUCCGCGCCACCUUCUGUGCCGGCACCUGCUCUCGCCCCUCCCGCCAAAGACGACGACGAAGAAGACGACGACAACAACCUCCUCAAAGCGCACAGGCGCGUCCGAGCAAAGCGCAACAUCCUCGUCGGCGGCCCUAUGAAGUGGAUGCCAGAGGAGGUCGCAUACGGCCUGAAGGAGGCCCUUAAGGACCUCAAGGAAGCCAACAGGAAGGCCAAGAAGCGCCUCCUGUCCAGGAAGAAGCCGAUCAGCACCACGGCCGCGUCCUUGAUACGGCUUGCGGCCGGCGCCCCUGCUGUUACUAUUACUCCCGUGAAGCCCAGCAGCAAGGAACAGACCGGUCCUUCGGCGUCUGGUGGCGAUGAUGGCGCAGCCAAGACUGCCGAGAGUGUGGCCAACGACGAUGAUGACGACCUCCUCCCUCCCGGUUGGGCGAUGGGCGAGGACGAGGUUGGCGGUGGCCUUUCCGAUUUUGUUGCUACUCCUGCCGACAAUUCCUCAACUGAAGAUGGUCCAGCCACCGCCCUGGACUCUAUGCUGUCAAAGAUGAGCAUCGGAAAUUUGUCUGCUCACACCGGCUCGAGUCUUCCUGCUCCAGCCCCACAGGUCGCGGUGAACUAG